GUCGACGUUGGUGUAGGUAUUGUGGCACACAAAUGAGGCGGCGAAAUCUUUUUUCCAUUGACCACGAGGGUCUUGUAGAAGGUAACCAAGCUGCGGAACCCAGAUCUGCCUGAAGCCGUCCUCCUGUACCAGUUGUCUUACAGAUAGUACCGAUGGACACUCGUUCAUUGUUAGUGCCGAACUGGGUAGUCGAAUCUGCAGUAGUGUGAGGUGGGUAUGCUCGUUGACGAUGCGGUCACCGUUGGCUGUUUCGUGUAUAUGUUCUCGUUCUUGAUUCACGUGAGUAGUUUCGUGUGGUUGAAGGUUAGCCUUGUCUUGGAUGUGAUGGGCGGAGCCGCUGUCCAAUAUCCAUGUUCGUGACAGCGCUGCUGUGGACCGUGGCGUUGUCUCAGACUCAGGCGGGGGUGUUGCCACCGUCGCAGUGUUGUGGGUCGGCGGUAGGUCAAACACCAUGGCAAGUCUGGAAGUCUGCGUGAGCUCGUCGUGCAAGCGUUGUGCCUCAGUCUGGCUGUUACGCAGCGCGCGUGCGCUCUCUUCCGGCCACCAAUCUGGUAACGUUUCAGGCACGUCGACAUGUUCACCUUGGCAAUACGAGGAGUCUUUUCAUUUGUACAGUUUGUGGUCAACUUGAUAGGUAAUGAUGUCCACGUUCUUGAAGUCAAAACGUAGUUGCCGCAGCGAUGAGUCAGCUAGAAGAAGGAGCCUCUCACGCGUCACAUAUGCUCGGUCACGCCUUCGGUCGUGCCGCGUCGCCGCUGGGGAUCGUGCGCGGUCACGGGUGGAUGGUGAUCGGAUUGCGGCCGCGAGAUGUGGAUUGGCUGCCGUUUCUGUCACUCCUGGUGGGGGAGCGUCCACGAUGGUGGUCCCGGCUGGAGUUCCGCGAUAAGGAUUUGGAGCGCUGCGGGGAGCGGGGUGACCAUCCGCGACCCCCUAGACCGCGUGAGUCGGGCCGUCCCCCGCGCCCAGGAGACGGCGUACCUCGUCGUGACCAGCGCGCGCUCCCCGGAUUGCGGGAGUUCAACUACCUGCCCUCAGAAUCAGAGGUUACCGCCGAGAUUCUGGCCCGGCUUGCCAAGAAGGAGAGCAGCGCGAGGCGAGCCCGAGCUCGAAGUCGGCCAGGAUCAGCGGCCAGGAGGACGUGUCGGCGGAUGACCGACGAGUGGUUCACGGAGGAGGACCGCGAGGGCCUGAUCGCCGCGCACUUGGAGGAACGAGCACGCCAAGCUGAUGGAGGUCCCCCUCCGGGAGUACCUGAUGAGG